CUCAGAAAAAAAAAAAAGAAGUUUUAAUUUUGGGAGAAUUUUCUCUUCAGCUGAUCAGCCAUCGAAUUCUCCCUCUGGAUACAUCAUCCUAGAAGCUCCUGAAUCCAUCAGGAAAUCGAACGUUGAAGACGGAGAUGGGUGUUCCGGCGACUGACCCGCUAACCCAGCUUAGCCUGCCGCCGGGUUUCCGGUUCUACCCGACCGACGAGGAGCUCUUGGUUCAAUACCUCUGUAGGAAGGUUGCAGGCCACCACUUCAACCUGCAGAUCAUCGGAGACAUCGACUUGUACAAGUUCGAUCCGUGGGAUUUGCCCAGCAAAGCUAUAUUCGGGGAGAAGGAGUGGUAUUUCUUCAGCCCGAGGGACAGGAAGUACCCGAACGGGUCCCGGCCCAACAGGGUCGCCGGGUCAGGCUACUGGAAGGCCACGGGGACCGACAAGGUCAUCACCACCGAAGGCCGGAGAGUCGGAAUCAAGAAGGCUUUGGUCUUCUAUAUUGGGAAAGCCCCAAAAGGGACCAAGACGAACUGGAUCAUGCACGAGUACCGGCUCCUAGAGACUUCUCGCCGAGCUGGAAGCACUAAGCUGGAUGACUGGGUCCUCUGCCGCAUAUACAAGAAGAACUCGAGCUCCCAGAACCCUGUGAUCAUUUCGACGGGUGGGCCAGUCUCGAGCAAAGAACACAGCCACGCCUCCUCCUCCUCCUCCUCGUCCUUGGAUGACAUGCUCGAGUCACUGCCAGAGAUCGACGACCGGUUCUUUGCCCUCCCGCGCAUGAACUCCCUGAAGGCGGUUCAACACCACCAGCAGCAACAACCGCACGAACAGAAGCCCAACCUGCAGAGCCUCAGCUCCGGCGCCUUUGACUGGGCCACCCUCGCAGGCCUCAGCUCUGGGACCGAACUCAACCAGGCUCAGGCCCAUGCACAGGCCCAGGCCCAGGCCCAGGCCCAGGCCCAACCUCAGGUUGCCAAUUAUGCCAAUAGUAACGAUGUCUAUGUUCCCGCUGCGGACGCAACGCAGCAGAGGCGACUUGGUAAUUCGACGCUGGAUGAGGAGGUGCAGAGUGGGCUAAGGACUCAUCAACAUGUCGGGAUGUUCCAGCAAACCCCGGGCUUGUUGACUCAGAGUAUGACCAGCCCCAUCGAUACGUUCGGAUAUCGGUACCCGGCGAAGUCCGUUGGGUUCGGGUUCCAUCAAUGAGAGCACAGAGUCCUACGUAAUAAUGUACAUGGAAUUGGAGAGUUAGGGGGAAGAGGGCAUUUGUGUAAAUAACCCGCGGAUUCUUUGGGCUGAUUUGAAGUGUUAGGGGGGAAUGGUGGGCGUGGUUAGAUUUUUCCAAGGAAAUGGGCGGUUUGGUCGCUUUAACUUUCGGCCGGAAGUAGGGGGCAGAUUCAAUGUACACUGAAUCAAACAUAUGUGUACAGCCUCAUAGUCUUAUCAUCUGUUAGGUUUGUAGCUUUAAUUGAUUUAAUCGACAUCCUCGGAUCCUUGUUUCCAAAUCUGUCGGUAGUGUAAUGUGAUUCGCGCCGGUAUAGCUUUUAUCAGCUCCACGGACGUUAUUAAUGCGAUCCAAAAAAAAAAAAAA